AUGGGGAAGCGUGACUACAUAUCCCCUAACCGCCGUCGCGCUCCUCACAUCCGGACAAUUCUUCCUCACAGCGACCAUAGAUCCAUCCACACCAGGUUUUGCCGGUAUAGAUCCGGUCUACCUAUCCAUUCUAGGCACCGCAGCUUGUGGAGGUUUGGGCUACUUGGUAGGACCUGCACUAGGAAAUGGUCUUUGGGCUGUGGUUUACAGAGCAAAGAGGAAGGAGACGGAAAGGAUGGACAAUGAAUUUUGGAAACAUGUGGUCAGGAACAGGGCUGAUGCGCUUGGUCAGACGAUGCAGAAUCGUUUGCCCGACUUCUACGUGAGUCGAGUGUGUGUGCUGCCGACAUCCAAUCCUUUGAUUGUUGAUGCAGCGCGGCGGCUCGAGGGUCAAGUGCAGCAGGAAAUAAGACACGCGGCUGACUUGCUGGGCAGCAAGGCCUCCGUGUGCCAAAGCGAGGUCGAGGUUCAUCAUGUAUGCUCACAGUUUUGCCUGUCUAUCACCUACAGGCCGAGUCCGUCACUUCCCUCUCCACCUAUCGCCAAUGGCUGCGCGACCAAUCCGCCUUCAAGCGCAAGCUGCAGCACGGAGUCGAAGAGGCGCAGAGGGAGGAGCAAAGAAGAGCAGGCAGAUCGGGCUUAUGA